GGAAAAAAACUCUCUACUGCAUUCUGUGCAGUAAAAAUGUGUUAACAGUAUUUGAAAGCUAUAAGCUAAAAUAUACGAAUUUUGUGCACAUCAAAUAAUAAGCUUUCUAAUCAACAUUUCUCCAGCUUUUUUGUUUGAACUUCUACCGUUAAAAUGACAGACUCUCUUGCCCCUAUUGUUGCUCAACAUUACAACCAAAUUCAAGAGAAAGGCUUGGAAGAACGCAAACAGAGCCGAAUAUUUCACAUGAGAAACUUGAACAAUUGGGUGAAGAGCAUGUUAAUAAAAGAAUUUGCUGAAAAGUUGAAAGAAGAAAGAGAUAGAGACAAAAAGAUUGUUUUAGAUAUUGGUGCUGGUAAAGGAGGAGAUCUUUUAAAGUGGAAAAAAGGAGGCAUUGAUUAUUUAGUUUGUGCUGAUAUUGCUGAAACAUCUGUUGAGCAGUGUAAGCAGAGGUACAUGGAGAUGAAAGAUCGUCAUAAAAGGCAGCGAGAAAGAGGUUAUUGUUUUGAUGCUGAAUUCAUCACAGCUGAUUGCACAAAACAACGUUUAAAGGACCUCUAUCAAAAUCCUGAUAUCCAAUUCAAUAUUGUGAGCAUACAGUUUGCAUUCCAUUAUUGCUUUGAGAGUCUUGCUCAGGCACGUACCAUGUUACAGAAUGUGAGCGAGUGCCUGAAACCAGGUGGAUACUUCAUAGGCACUCUUCCUGAUGCUUAUGAAAUUAUGAAAAGGCUAGAAGAUGCUGAGGAUUGCACUUUUGGAAAUGAUGUUUAUUCCAUUUCCUUUCCUUCCAAAGACAUUCCAAAAUUAUUUGGAGCAAAGUAUGACUUUCAUCUUGAAGGCGUUGUAGACUGCCCUGAGUUUCUAGUUUACUUUCCUGCCUUUCUCAAACUGGCAGAGGAAGUUGACCUGGAACUAUUGUAUUCUACGCCAUUUGCUGAUUAUUUUGAUGAAAAACAAAAAAUUAAAGAAGGACAAUUUCUAUUAACAAAGAUGCAAUCUUUAGAAACGUAUCCACCCUUUCUUAAGAAUCAAGUUUUAAUGGGAUGUGAUGAUGAGUAUUAUCAUGCAAAAGAAAAACUGAAACUGAUUACAUCUGAUAAAGAAUCUGAUAAGGAUCACGUUGGAACCCUUUCACAGUCAGAGUGGGAGGUUGCAAGUAUGUAUGUUGUGUUUGCUUUCCGAAAGAAAGAAAAAACUGUAUCAGCUUGAUGAAUAGUUUUUUUGGCUUUGAAUUAAUUAUCUCAUCAUCUCAUUUAAAAUAUUUUAUGAUGUAUCUCAUAUAAAAUUCUUCAUAAAAAUAUUAAAAAAAGUAUCUCCUU